CUGCAAUCAAUUCAACUCAACUCAAGCCAGAUCUUCUAAACACCAUGCUCUGCUCCAGACUCUGCACCACCCUGUUGCUGGCAGCAAUGUGUUUGCUUAUGAGAGCAGGACUUUCUAGAGCCACCGUUGUGGACCCCUCGUCCAAGGUGAAAGUGAUCACAUGUGAUGACGACGUCCAACGCCUGAGCUGUGCACCAAAAGGAGUGAUCAGUGUGCAGAAUGCUGUGUAUGGACGUGCAGACAAGGCGACCUGCAGUAAGGGCAAAUCUCCCCAGCAGCUUGCCAACACCAAGUGUUCUCUGCAGGUCACUGUGGAUAUGGGGAAAAGAUGUAAUGGCAAGAGGGUGUGUGACAUAAACCCAAACAUCUUCCAUGCUUCUGAUCCCUGCCAUGGCAUCUACAAAUAUCUGGAGACCACCUACACCUGCCUCCCAGCAGUCGUCAGCGUAACAUGCGAGGACUCUCCGGCAACGCUGCAGUGUGAUGCAAAAGAGGUUAUAUCUGUCUACAGUGCUCAUUAUGGACGCCGUGACUCCACCACAUGCUCUUCCCAACGACCUGCCUCUCAGCUCCGAAAUGUCAACUGCUUAAACCCCACGAGCAAAGUUGCUGAAAAGUGCAAUGGGAAACACAGCUGUACUAUCAAAGCCAGCAACUCAGUGUUUGGAGACCCCUGUGUUGGCACUUACAAGUACCUGGAGGUGGCUUACACAUGUAAAAAGCGUGGGAAUUAAACAACAAAACAUGGCAAUGUACGGCGUCAGCGGAUGCAACCAAUGAGACUUUGAAAUUCCAAAUGGAGCAUAUAGCCAAAAGUAUCUGGACAGCGGCAUAUUAAACUGUUGUUCACCAUCUCAUACUGGGCUAAGUGUCCAAAUACAGUUGCUCCACAAAUGACUCAAAAUGGGAACAAAACUUGCUUUAAUAAGCCUUUGAUCAAGGAAUUGCCUCUUCUGUUAUCAUCUUGUGAUGCACAAAUAAAAUCUGCCUCGCCUCA